AUGGCCGUAUGGAUGGGCCUUCUGGAGCCGCAGGAACGCAUCAACUUCACGUUUUCAUUUCAUGCGAAAUCUUCAGCCAUUGAUAUGGCUUUCCCUGGUGCACGAGGCAAGUCCACCAAGUCACUUUCCAUCGCGGACCAUGUAUCGGACUGUCAAACCUCUUUCAAGGCCUUGUCCGACUCCACACAGGUUGAAGGCGGUGUGGGCUGGCAAGAUAGGGGCGCAUCGACGGGGAACAAGCUCCUAGAUUUUCGACUGCGAGAUGCCUCAGCUAUACGCAAUCGAGUCGUUGGGCUCCUGAAGGAUAUCAAGGAUUUGCUUCUUGAAGGACGCGAGAUUGUUCAAGGAGCAGAAAAUGAGUCUAGAGAUGAACCUGAGGGCAUGCUGGAACCCGGUGGCCCCUUAGAAUAUGACGACGUUGGGGACCUGAACGAGACGCUCUCAUACAUUGCCCGACUGACGACUUGCGAGGCUUUGGUCAAGCGAUUAGGGUCAGCAAUCUCCAAGCGAAGACAAUACUUCAAAUACAGAGAAGCACACCAUGAGAAGCUAGCAGCUGGUCUGAAUCUCGAAGAGCGAGAAGGUGACGGUGAAGGUAACGGUGAAGGCGACGGAGUGACGACCCUCGCGUCGUCAAUACCUGACGCACUGAAGGACUAUAUUGAUUCGCGACCCGCCUUUGGAUUCGUUGACGCAGACGAGCGCUCCGAAAGUGGAAUAUCGCAGACAUCGCGCUAUCAGCACCAUGUGGGUAGACAUCAGGAGGACCUCGCGCUAUUCGCCCUGCCGCAGGCCGAGUAUACGACUGAAGAGUCCAGGGAAGACGACGAACUGAAGCCACCAGGCGCAUUUUCUGACGAUGAUAAAAACGCAGAUGAAGAGAGAGAAGGUGGCGCGGACGAUGACGGAAUGAGCCCAUGGGUUUACGACAGUAUCCCUUGCGAUAAUCUAACCUCUGCGUCACUCGUAGAAUUCCUCGGGAAAUUGUUUCCAGACAAGGAGCCGCGCAUUGAGGUGAAUACUGCAACCUACUGCGUGGCCUAA